AUGCUCAUCGGCCGCGGCGGCGAUACCCGCCGUGGCAUCGAGUCCAAGUUCAACGUCACUCUGGACAUCCCCAAGGGGGCGGGGGGGGGCGGCGAGGGGAAGUUGGAAAUGGUGCCCACUAAGGACGCCUGGCGCAACUUCGGGUUAAUGUGGGUGUUUAUCCUCUUCAACAUCGCCGCAUGUCUUUCUCGCCUGGUGUACGAAUGA